AUGGGCGAAAUCCCGCAGACACAAGAUAUGUUCACGGAGGAAAUCCCGGAUAUUCCAAUCCCAUGCUUCCCGAUGGCAGGCGGCUGGCUCAUCACCAAGGAGUUUUGUUUCUACGGUGGCGGCUUUGAGGAACUCCUUCAGGAGUGGGAGCGCGGUAUGAUGUACCAGUUUGAUGAGCUCAAGAAGAAGAACCCUCGCAAGACAUUGCAGGAGGUGGCUGAGGAGUUCAACACCUACGAAGGCUUCCGGAUGCCUUUUGUGAACUUCGUGUCGUGCAUGAACGAUGUGACGUACCGUUGCCAUGCAGUGAAAGAUGAGGACAUGCCGCGAUGCUCCAUUGGCUUCUGGGCAUUGCGAAAGAUCUCCAACAUAACUUAA